CUUCAUUCUGGUCACAGACUCUUUGAAGAUCAAUUCAAGUCGUUUAUUGCUUGCCUCGACUGCUUAGAGGUUGGAUCACAAUGUCGUUACCAUUCCCAAACGUCUACCAUCUACGAACAGUUGCCGAGGCGUCAUCAAAAGCCUGUUUUGUCUGCUACAAACCAACUGUCAGAGUGCUGAUAACACCAGACAAUAAGGACUUUUUCUACAUUUGCCCGUCCCACUUAUCUGACAAGGGCUUUGCUUCGCCUGUUGUUGAUGCUGAGGCGGAAGCUGCAAAGAAGAAGAAAGAAUUGAUGGAGAAAGAAAUUGAAAAGGUAAAACAAGAGUACGAAGAAAAGCAAAAGAAAAGAAAGGCAAAGAAAAAGUCCAACGAUGACAAGGACAAGAAAAAGGACAACGUUGAUGACGACGACGAUAAGGCUGAGAAAGAAAGGGAUGAGAAGAUCAAAGCUCUCCAGGCUGGUGAAAGUCUGGCUCCCAAAGCUGAGGACCUGCCCCGUGUGUAUGCAUUGCAGAAAAACUUCUUCCAAAUGAGGAUCGAUCGACAACGCCAAAUGGAAAUCGCAAAGCGCAAUCAGCAACGAAUAAAAGAUCCAAAUUUCUUUCCAGCGGCGCCUCGGGGUGACAUUGCUUGACUGCAGACGUUCUCAAAUCGAUGAAGCAACGGGUUGCAUGUGAAAGUGACAAGGGAGCACAUCCGCACCUCGGAAGCGACGAUUACAAGCCCAGCAUACGCUGUGGAGUGGUUUGCAGUCGAUUGAAGCAUGUUUUACCCCUGUUUAUCCAUGCCGUCCUGUCCGACAUUCUCAUACUCUCUGGAUUACAGGUCGUCGUCUUCGCUAAGGAUCGGACCGGCAAGAGUUUUCGAUAGUCAUGGCUGAUCCGAGCUCACAACCGCCAUGAAGAUUGCAAGUAUUGCUGUCAGUAACAGAACUUGAAGGCAUUUUGCGCAAUUGAUGAUGAUUGGGCUUCCCAAGAAUAUCAAGUGGUUGCUUAAAUCCACAAGAAGCAUCAGCGACUGCAAUUGUGACACGUAUCGAGGGAAACCCGACUCGCGAGAGACCUUUCAUACGACCUCUCGCAUCGUGCAUGCAUUCAGCUGACGCAUGCACGAGCUGUUGUGUCACGAACUUUGAUUUACACAAUACGGCCACCCGCCGAGAAACACCACCGCGAAAGUGGCGUCCAGUAGCAUGUGUGUGCAUCUCAUCAUCCACACCGAAUGCAGAUGAGAUUUUGAAGUACAAUUUUGAGCAGGACUACUUUGCUCGAUGCCCGCGCGAGGCAAAUCCCAAGCACACUUCCGCCAGCUAGAGAUGCUUAUGCGCCACAAGCGAAUCGGUUGAACUACUCCAAGAUGGUGCAGCGAAACGGAUUAUCGGCGGUUCUCACCUCCGUGACGUCUUACGAGGCUGAAUGAGGGUCGAUAUUUGUACCGGCAAAGUUUUGGUUAUUGAAACAUGACACGUUCGAUCAACAUUAGGAGGAAUCUGAAAGCAUUCGAAAAGCCCUUUAUUCAGUUCAUCAUAAAUCCUCUGUUACUUCCACGCUUCAAGGCCAGAUUGGCGAGUCUCGGCACGUGCUCGAUCUGACACCGCUGAAACUCCGGCCUGGCUUUUCAGUCACGCGCCAUGUUGACUACCUGACCUCGUUUCCAAUUUCUCAGUCAUACAAAAACUGGCGUAAAACCACGACCAUAAUCACCUUGUACGAUCGGAGUCGCCGAAUGGUUUGAGUCAGCAACAACACUUCGAACAUGGUCCGUUUCAUCAUGCGAUCGACUCCUUCGAUACUUCGAGUUAGUCGACUUUCCUAAUGGAGACUGGGGACGUCAGGCUACUGGAUCGUUCUCAUCCCGCUCACAGCCAUGUCAGCCUCGAAGGAUUCCUGGCGAUUUUAGUCGAAGCCCACCUCCUUUGAUGCCUUGAACCCUCGUACACAAAAUGUAACAAUCUGGACGCCUCCUGUGUGGAGUCCUGUCCUUCCCCCGCUUCGAAGCCGCCGUGGGACGAGCCUUGAUACUUCCCACGGGCAUCGGACCCCUGAAUUAGCCCUACAAGGCUGAGACACCCCGCCGAUGAGGUUUGUCUGGUCAGGCCUGGUCAGGCUGACUGCAGAUUCAAUACGGAGUAUCUUUACAGAAGCAAAAUACUCGUACGAGUACUGUAUCCCGCGCAACGCUUACCACUUGUGUCGGUGUUAGAGUCCUUAUACCCGAAUCUUGCAGCUUCUCUACCUGAAGGAAAGACUCUGCGAUGGCUUGAUCCCUGGGCAACCAUCACGAAUCUUCCCUUCUCCUCCCUCACACUUGGCACCAGAAAUGUAAGAUCAACAGCUGACCUACGCAAAAACGACAUUGAGCUUUCCUUAAAGGAGUUUACGACUCGUGGUCGUUCUGAUAUCCAUCGGAAUUUGUACGAGGGAGGAGAGUUUUUAUUACUUCUUGACUCGGUUCUUAGGUCGGCCCGGGUCUGAGCAUCAUCUACGGAGAAGGAGGAGGGGGAUAAGCGAGUACGAAGCUAUUUAGCCUCGCAGACGGACGAGAGAAGGCUCUCUCAUCCCAGGCAUCUUUUGCAGCAGUCCGCCAACGCCGAUCAGAGACCGACGGACGAAUUCUGACCGGGUUUUCUUUGCUGACUGUGGAGAUGGCUUAUUACCUAGGUGUGUGAAAGUUGAUUCUCGACAUCCCCUCUUGGUUCCUUCCUUCCAAGUGUCCGCGAUCAUAAUUUCUGCCAAAGGCCAGCCAUCGGUCCAUGGCCGGCGGAAUUGCGUUACUCGGGAAGGAUGGGCCUGGGGGAAGCAAAAAGCCAAGUCAACUGACUGAUCCGUCGAGAGGGGGGUUGCGACAUUGCGAGACACACGGGCAGGGGUACGACAAAGUACGGUAGG